AUGACUGCAUUGAUGGUGUCGUGGAGAAAUCUGUCUUCUUCUUCGUCAAUUCUCAAACCCAAUCAUUGUGGCGUACGUGGAAAAUUCCCAGACAGCAUACCACGGCGAUCAAACUUGCAAGUGCUAAAUUUGUGGAGCAACAGAUACCUUAUUGGCUCUUUCCCAUCAUCCAAUGGGUUUCUUAAGGGUCCAACUACAAGUCACGCGUUCCCCAAAUUGAGGAUUUUCGACCUUUAUAACAAUAGUUUGAGUGGUCCACUGCCGAGAGGGUAUUCCAGUAGUCUUGAAGCAAUGAUGGUCUCAGAUCAAGAUGUGGUGUACAUGAGGGCAACAAAUUUCUCUCGGUCUCCUGGGUGUCAAAUUCUUCAUAUAUAUCCUGGAUUUUUGAAAGUCUGCCUAUUUGUCAAGGAUCAAGGUGUAGUAUCUGAAAUGCGAGGAAAUCACUACAUGGGCGGUAAAGGAAAGUGA